AUGUUUGAAGUCUAUAAAUUUGGUGGUGUUAAAGGUGUUCUUCAAGCUCAAUUAGUUUUAUAUGCUCAAGGUUUAAAUACAGGUUUAGUUAUAGAUAGUGGAGAUGGCGUUACUCAUGUUCUUCCUAUUAAUGAAGGUUAUACUUCUUAGCAUCAAAUAAUGAAAUUAAACUUUGCCGGAAGACAUCUUACUAAAUAUCUUACAAAAUUACUUCAAAUCUCAGUUGAUCCUACUUAUAGAACUGUAAUGACUAAACAUAUAGUUUUGUCUGGUGGUACUACUAUGUUACCUGGUUUUUCAACUAGAUUAGAGAAAGAAGUAUAA